GGACACCUUGUGUCUGCCGUAAUCUGUCGGUUAUCGUUGAAGUUAGACUGUGCUAACCGUGACCUCUCGCCAGCCCAGGCACUGAACGCUGACACAUAGGUUUAGCUCCACAAGAAUUGAGCUAAAGCUCAAAGGCAAUGCUGGCACUUGGCUGGCACUACUGGCUGAGGAAGCUAUAAUGAUCAGCCCCGUAUUGUGUGGGGAAGGAUUUGACGUGAGUACUUGUCGGUGAAUCGCAUCUUGACACCUCAGUGCUAUACUUAUGUUACUUAUGGUGCCUGACAAAUUAAACUGUUCCUGAUCAAGUUCUCAAUAUAAAGUGAUCAUUCAAAGGCAUGCGGCAGCCCUAGGGUCCCUCCGUCAUCCCAUCUCCAUCCUUCCCCACCAUGGUACCAAGAUUUUUGCGAGACCUCGUUCCCCGUCGAGAGAAUCGUUCCUCUGGUACUAGCGUAGUCGUCGCAUUCAAGGAUGUCACAUGGGUCCAAUGGGCUCAGUUCUCGUCGGGUUGGCUUGCCUGGACAUGCGACGCCAUCGAUUUCUUCGCCGUGUCACUCACGAUAUCCCUCUUGGCAAAACAAUUUAACAAGUCAACAGCUCAAAUCACGACCGCCAUAACGUUGACUCUCUUAUUCCGACCUGUCGGCGCUAUUAUGUUCGGUAUCUUAUCUGACCGAUUUGGCCGCAAGUGGCCUUUGGUUUUCAAUCUUCUCCUCUGUUGUGUCCUCGAGCUCGGAACUGGCUUCGUCAACACAUUUGCACAAUUCCUCGGCAUUCGCGCCAUAUUUGGUAUUGCGAUGGGUGGCAUAUGGGGACUUUCGGCAGCCUCAGCUCUUGAGAACCUACCCGUCGAACUUCGUGGGAUCGGAAGCGGGGUUUUACAGGAAGGCUAUGCCGUCGGCUACCUGAUUGCAGCCGUAAUAAACCUGACCUUGGUCGCCCAACAUGGAUGGCGCGUACUUUUUUGGACUGCAGCAGGCAUCAGUUGCUUUGCUGCAUUCAUUCGUGCUCUUGUCCCAGAGAGCGCCUUCUUCUUGCGUGCUAAAGAGCAAGAGAAGGCGAGAGGCGCCAAUACAACCCAGAAAACUAAGGUUUUCUUCAUCGAAACGAAGGCGAUGCUCAAGCGUCACUGGCUUCUAUGCAUUUAUGCCGUGCUCUUGAUGACAGGUUUCAACUUCUUGUCUCAUGGUUCACAGGAUUUAUAUCCCACGUACCUCGAGACUACCAAGAACUUUAGUGCUCACGAUGCCACUGUCGCGACCAUUAUUGGUAACUGUGGUGCGGUUGCUGGUGGUGCUAUUGCUGGAACGGUGAGCCAAUACAUCGGACGCCGCCUGACGAUUGUAAUUUUCGUGCUUCUCAUCGGAGCGUUCAUUCCGUUAUGGGUUCUACCCUCCUCGUUCUCUGCCCUUUCUGCUGGAGCAUUCUGUAUCCAAGUCGGUGUUCAGGGAGCUUGGGGUGUCAUCCCGAUCCUACUGGCUGAGAUGUCUCCGCCAGCUUUCAGGGCAACAUUUCCUGGUGUUGCUUACCAGAUCGGUAACAUGAUAUCGUCAGCAUCAGCUCAGAUUGAAGCAACUGGCGGUAACAACUUCAAGACAACGGUGAUAAAGAACGGAGUUCCUACUGUGGAACCAGAUUAUGCAACGGUGCAAGCCAUUUUCAUUGGUGUCGUUGCUGCAUUCGUGGUCGUUAUCACAAUCAUUGGUCCCGAAAACCAUGGCUCACACUUCGAGAACCACAAGACUGCUUUCGAAGAAGGAGGCGGAAGAGAUGAUGCUGUGGCAGAAGACGCAUCACAAAAGUCAUAUCACGAUGUCGACGAGAAAAGCAGUGCUUAAGCUGCUUAGGCGCCGGCGCCUUAGCGCGAAUAUGACCAUUACACGAUUGCAACACAACUCCGAGGCUCCAGUAUAUUUUUCCCAUAUAAACAUACACUUCAUGAGUACAAUCAUUUGUGUUGAAUACAAUGGGGAACUUCAAUUUUGG